UCACACUCUCUUCUUGCCUGGUUUUCUUUCGAUAUUUUCCUUGCUUUGAAGCAUAGAGCCGUCCGUGGUUGGCAUCAUGGACUAUUUUCCUAUCCUACAACUCACCCCUGACGAACCCAUAGAAAUCAACUACUAUGGCCAAGAAGAGUGUGGUCAUUAUGGCUAUUUCGACACCACCCAAGACGAUCUAUUGGAGAUCAUGCCUCUAACGCCUGAUAUUACGUCGGUCACGGACAAUAAUCAAUUACAUUGCGAAAUUAGACUAUUUUUUGAAGAGAUUGGCGUCCUCUCGGAAGAGCCAGAGCCUAUUGAUCCAAAUCGAGACUACGAAAAAGAAUUCGAGCUAGAGCAGGAAGCAUUACAGGCUAAGCGUAAAACUCGACAACGACGCAAUGCAAACCAAGCAAGUCUGAAUUCACUGCCUUCUCUAGCACCGUCUGAAGUCACCUCGGCUGCAAGUUCAGCAGAGCCCAGAAAGUGGUGGCCUCAGCCGCAUGAUAUGAUCUAUAGGCGGACAUGCCAUAUGCACGAGAUCACACACGAUAUGAAGGAUAACACCACUGGUCCUUUACCUGGAGAUCUCAUUGAGCAUGCCAGUGCUUACCUUUAUGAACAGACCUACCGCUGAACGGCCGUCCG